CGAGGUAUUCCGAUCGCGAUGACAAAACGUAUAGUAAACGGACUAGGAACGAUAUUCCGACAUUUUAGUACGAAUAAAUCAAGUUUUUUUAACGCAAAGAUGAUAGUGAACAUAUUAAAGGCAAAAUACCAAUGUAGUUUACUUAUAAACAUAUACUUUCAAACAAACCUAAAUGUUGUUGUUGUUUUUUUCUCUGUUACUGCAUUAUGUCCAGUUUCGUUUUUGCAACUAGUGAAGCCGUUUUGAAAAUAAAGCAGACGCUUUUUUUGAGUUCUUUCUGCUUCAACAUGUCCAAGAAAAGAACAUCUGGAGAUUCCCAAACAAAUACUUACUCUAUAGGUAAAUAUUUUAAAAGACCUUCAACUGUAUCAAGUCACGAUCGCAAUAAUGAGGCAAAUGUAGUAGAAUCUAUGGACCAAAGUGAAAGUCAACCUAGCCUUACUCAAGUCCGAAAUGUUACUGAGAAAAUUACUCCUAAAGAAUUAAAAUUCCAAGAUAAGUGGAAAAGCCUCCAUUCCUGGCUCAAACAUGAUGAGAAGGAAAAUGUGAUGUGGUGUUCAUUAUGUAGGGAUUGUUCAUUUUCAAAUGCAAUGGCUGUAGGCACAAAUAAUUUCAAAACCACAACCAUCCAGAGACAUCUGGAAUCUGCAGACCAUAAAAGAGCUAUUUUUGCCCCCCUUGGUCGUCAACAGUUGGAUGCCGCUGUUUCCUCUGUCGAUACCAAGGAAGAGAAAGGUAUAGUUAACUGUCUUAAAGUUGUUUAUUGGAUGGCAAAGGAGAGUGUCCCCCUUUCGAAAUAUACAAGUUUGAUGAACUUACUUAAGGAACUUAACACCCCAAACUUGGAUUCCUUAAAUGUAUGUAAUAGUACCUACUGUAGCUAUAAUACUGCAUGUGACCUGCUUGAAUCCAUCAGUUCUACAAUCGACAAAGAUGUUACAAAACAGAUGAAAGCAUCCCCAGUUCUGACCAUAAUGACUGAUGAAAGUACAGACAUUGCUGUCCAUCACAAAUUGUGCGUUACAGCCAGAAUAGUUCAGCCUCUGACAAUGAAGCCAUCAACACUUUUCUUGACGGACAUGAGGAUAGAGUCUGCGACAGGGCGGGGUAUUUUUGAAGAAAUAAAGAAGCACCUCCAGGGCAGAAAUAUUGCCAUCAAAGAUGUCACAGGCCUGGGCACAGAUGGCGCCACUGUUACGACUGGCAGAAAGGAAGGCCUGACUGGACAGUUUUUGAAGGAAAACCCCCAUAUUAUCAACACACACUGCUCAGCCCACAGGAUCGCUUUGUGUUCCGAACAAGCUGCUGAGGAUAUUCCGGCCAUGAAGUAUUAUCAGGGCAUCCUGGAGUCCAUCUUCUACUACUUUAAAAAGUCGCCAAAACGAAAUGAUGAUGUGGCCACAGUCCAGAAGUUACUUGACGAUCCUGUCCUUAAAUACAGAGAGGUCCAUCAGGUGCGAUGGCUUAGCUUCUACCAGGCCUUGGAUGCAGUGUACCGCACAUUUGACUCCCUGAUAUCCUUCUUCAGUACCCAGACAGAUCCCAAGGCCAUUGGCAUCAAAAAGAAGAUCGGACAGGACUUUUUCAUCCUACAGACAUAUGCCAUGAUGGACAUUCUUCAGCCGAUCAUGAGACUGAACCUUUUCUUCCAAAAGAAAGAUGUAGACAUUGGUCUUGUUCAGUCAUCUGUGGAUGCAUGUUUGGCUGACUUGAUCAGGCUGAGGGAUGGGACUGUAGACAAGGACAAGCCUACAUUCACCAAGCAGGCAGAGGUAGACCUGGUAGAUGGGGUAUUUAAGAGUCACCACAAGGUUGUGCAGUCCAAGUAUUCCUAUAUGUCAACACGACAACGCUUCAUCCAUGCAUUGGUGGACAACAUCACUAAAAGAUUUCCUGAUAAGCAGAUUAUGACCAGCUUUUGUGUGCUUGGUUUGAGGCCAGUUACACUCCUUACAGAUGAAGACCUUGCUUCAUGGGGAAACGAGUCUCUUGCUGUCCUUCUCGACCACUUUGGGAAAGAAAAAACACACACUUACAAGGUUGACCGUGUUGAUCAGGUGACUACUUCGCCUGCCAUCAUUGAUGCAGAGAAGGCACAGGAUGAAUGGAUGAAACUGAAGCAAGUUGUAAAGACACAAGGCUACCCCAGGCACUCCAUCUCUGACUUGUGGGGGCUGAUAAAGGAAUACCAUGGUGAAGACUUUCCAAACCUGUUGAUGCUGGCCUCUUUUGCAUUGGCGCACCCUGUCCACACCAGUGACUGUGAGCGGGCAUUCUCAGCCCAAAAUUCUGUUACAACUCCCCUCAGAAACAGGCUGUCAGGGGAGCACUGUGACCAGCUGAUGAGAGUCAUGAUUGGUGGGGCUGCACUUUCCGAGUUCAACUUCAAAUCAGCUCUAAAGGAGUGGCGCACAACUAAAGCUAGGGUUAUUUUUAGAAAAUAAAUAGAUCUGAUAAUGAAAAUAAAAUUCUUGUUAAUUUUCUUUUAAAUAAUAUUUAAGUGCUGUCCUACUGCAAUAUCGUCCUGGAGGUACCCAGCAGGAUAGCCCACCCGUGCUUUAUAUGACUUUUUCAACUCAUGUAAUGAAUCAUAAAAUAUUAAGAUUUAAUAUCAUUUAUAGACUCUAAAAAAU